GUAGCUAGCAGUUGGAAACGUCACAGCUGCGGCGUACGAGUCAGUCUAGUGACAUUUACAGACGACUGUUCGUCAUUAAAUUAUGUUUCAAUAACGAGCCAAUAGUGUGGCUACUUAAGAAGAAACUACCAGGCAGGUGGACAUGGCAGCAGAGGACAGUGUUUUAAGUGUUGAGUUGGUGUCCAGCUGUUUGUCCCAACUUGGUCGCUUCGGCACUGGACUUCAGCACCCAUACUACCACCUGGCCCUCCCUCAUCACAGGCUUAGGGAUGUCACUGUUUUGUGUAGUUAUGGUCAUCUACAACAGCUGGAGCUGCCACAUAACAACAUUACAGAUCUGUCCUGCGUCAGCCACAUGCCCUAUCUCGUCAUCCUAGAUGCCUCUCACAAUGAGAUCUCGGAUUUCCUUGGCUUCCAGGCCCCUAAGAACCUGAAGGAGGUCAACCUCUCCCACAACUGUCUAACACAAAUGAAGGACUUGUCAGACUACGCAGCUCUUGUGAAGCUAGAUCUGGACCACAACAAACUCGGUGAGGUCAUCGGUCUGGAGAAGUGCUGCAAGCUGACCCAUCUCAGCCUGGCACACAACAACAUCUCCAGCAUCAGCAGCCUGGAUGAUGUGCCACUCACACACCUCAACCUGAGGGGGAACCAGCUGAAGAGCACCGCAGGUUUGGAGAACCUAAAGAUGCUACAGGUUCUUGACUUGGCUAUGAACCACAUCACUGGUCUCUCUGGCCUCCAGAACCUACACCUUCUGGGCUCCCUCAACCUGGAAAAGAAUCAGAUUAGUGACAUUGAGGAGUGCAAACACUUUCAUGAUCUUCUUCUGCUGAGGGAAUUGAAUCUGCUGGAUAACCCUGUACAGGAGCAUCCAGAGUACAGGCUCUCUGUGAUCUUCCUCCUCCAGCAUCUGACCAUGUUGGACCAAGAGAGAGUCACUGUUGAAGAAAAGGUGAUGUCCAUCAACAAGUACGACCCUCCUAUGGAUGUGGUAGCAGCCAGGGAUCACAUGACCCAGCUAAUGUAUCAGCUGAUGCAGCCGCAGCUCCUCUAUGAUACCACUCUACCCAGCCAUGACACUCCCUAUCCUAUGCUGGUUCUGACUGGUCCGCAAGGCUGCGGGAAAAGGGAACUGGCCCACCGCCUGUGCCACGAUUUCGACGACUACUUCGCAUAUGGAAUCAGCCACACCACCAGGGGGCCCUACUUUGGAGAAGAGAACGGAGACGAUUACCAUUUUGUCAACGAAGAGGACUUUCAGCAGCUGGUACAAACGGGUGCUUUUGUCCAGACCGUCCAAUAUGGUGGCCACAGGUACGGUCUGAGCAGGGACGCCAUUGAAGACGUCGCCAGGGAAGGACUGGCAUGCUGUGUGCACAUGGAGCUUGAAGGUGUGCUGAGUCUGAAGAAGAGCAUCUUUGAACCUCGCUACAUUCUCCUCAUCCCCACGCUGCCUGAAAAGUACACAGCCAACCUGUUAAGCAGGAGCCUGUACACGCCAGCCCAGAUUGAAAUGGCGGUGUCGCGCAUCGAGCUGUAUGCCGACAUCAACAGGAAACGGCCCGGCUUUUUUGAUAAUGUCAUUCCCUGCGAUGACCUGAACCAAGCCUACCACAUGCUGGAGGAGGUGGUGAAGGACUACCUGUCGCUGGAGGAGCGGGAAGAAGGUGAGGGACAAAAGGAGGAGAAGCCAAGGUCACCCUCUUCAUCCUACCCAUCCACUGCUGCGCUCGACCCCUCACUCCCGCACUACAAAAACUACUGCACCAAGAUCAGGGAACAGCUCGCCCCCAGCAAGACCCCCGCUGAGCUGGCUUCCAUCCGGCGGCGAGAGCAGCCGGCAAGAGAAGCGGUAGUGGGGAAGAGGCCAGGGGUCUACAGUCGCUUCAUCAAAAGCUUAGAUGAAUCACUUGUGACUUCGGCAUCCAGUCGGCUGCUAGAUGGCGAUAUCCUGGGACUUGCAGUACAAACACUCAAAGGUGACCUGCCAUUGCAACCACCCGAUGCCACAGCCAUCAUGGUGCCCCUUUCUGACAGACGGCCCGGAUCCGGUGUCAAGCCCAUCCUGCCGCCAAUCCCACCUGGACGCAAGACCCCUCAAGCUAACAGCCCGAUCCCGUCACCCAGCCGCCACACCGCCGUCGAAUCAGAAGACAGGGCCAACAUGCAGGAAUAGUGUCAAGGUUUCGUUUUGAAGACCAUGUCUGUCAAUGGCUCUGCUCCAAAACAAACACUUCAUCUUGUCGUUUCCUUCUGCUAUGCUUGAACAUGUCUGGUCUUUUUUUUGUCGUUUUUGGUGCAUUUUUGAUUGGUCAUGGAAGACAAUAUUGCCUACUUAACUGGUGUACAAAUGGCCAUGCGCAGACCUCUCGUGUUUCCUCGUAAAUAGGAAGGCACACCUGGCCAUCCAUCACUGUCUGUCUCGCUCUCAAGGCAGCAGAUGUUGCAGCGCCGUCAUAAUUCUUUGGCAGAUAUUGUCUGUCGGAGCCCCCCUGAGGUCUAACCUAGUUACGCUGCAGUCCGCCUUCUAUGAAUUCACAUUGUGCCGGCCUGUGGAACAAUCAGCGGCCUUUUUAUACGGAGGAAGUGAUGAAUCACCAGCCAUUGUAGGUGGCUACAUGCUAGGAAAACUGCUACGUUGAUGUGCUUCAAUGAAAAUUACGCUGACUAUGCAGUUUCGUGGUUUCCUGGGUAACACAGCAGCAAAAGGACAGGGAGAGCUGGCAGGAACACGCAGAGAAAAUGACUCCAAAAACAUCACUAUAGGAAUGCAUGUUGUUUGUACACAUUAUUGCAUAUAAAAAUAUAAAAAUGUUUUGACACCAUUGUCACCGAGUAUGCUAUAGGUUCAGUGAUGUGUAACACUGUACAAUUACUUUGUUUCCCCCUUUUUUUAGGCCCCAUAAACGCACUGCACUAGCGGAGUGGGGCGCUUACGAGCCAAUGAAUGGACUGUGAAAAUAGACAGUGAAAGCACAGAACCGUGUUACAGGUGCAGCUGCAAAGCCAUGGCCUCACCUGUGUCGUGAGUACGUGUUAGUAUUUUGUAACUCAACAAUGCAGUGUAUCGUCAGCUGCAAUACACUGCGCCCCUCACUGACGACAAAUAUUUAGUCGUUCACGACGGUCACACAGCGAAGGCCGAGGCAGCACGCACGGCCGCAUUAGCUCUGCUGCAUGAUGUGGCGCAAUGCUCAGUCACCAUGGCAACGGCUCUCCUCCGCCUCGUGCUCCUCGUGGACGUAUAACUCGUCGCCGCCUCUUCCCUGCGGACACAUUCAUUCGUUGCCAGAUUCAUUGGCUGUCGACCUGCUUGAAACAAAAACUUUCUGUUUUAAUUAGUUUGCUGCAGUGUGUCGACGCGUCAUCCAUCUAUCUGCGUCGCUCCCUCCGACGCCGCCUCCCCCUCUUCCCCGUCCUCUCUAUCGCCUCCUCCACGCGCCCCGCUCGCUCUCCAGUGUAAUUAAAGCCAGCUAGUGCGGA